CAACAAAACAUUGUCUCAAUUUGUGUUCUUUCUCAUCUUUGGAGAGAGGAAAAGGGGAAGAAGAAAAUGGGUUCUUUCCUUUCGAGAUUGUUCCGAUGCAGAGGGGUUGCAUCGGCAUCGGCAUCGUCAUCGGAAUCUUCUCGCAUCGUGACGUUUCACUCAUCAGCCGGAUGGCAGCUCCACUUCAACUCCGCCAAAGAAAAUCCAAAACUGAUGGUGAUUGAUUUUGCUGCCUCAUGGUGCGGACCUUGCAAGUUCAUGGAGCCGGUGGUGCAUGCCAUGGCUAAUAAGUUCACUGAAGUUGAGUUCGUAAAGAUCGAUGUUGAUGAUUUACCUGAUGUGUCGCAGCAAUUUGGGGUGAAGGCGAUGCCGACGUUUGUGCUGGUGAAGAAAGGGAAGGAGCUCUUGAGGCUGCUGCUUGAAAAACAAAUGAUAAGCUUUUGCUUGGCAAAGCUUAAAACACUUAAUGUACUUUAAAAAAUAAACUUUCUCCCCAUAAAUUUAAUAUUUUUUU